GGCAUCCAAUAGCCUGAUCAGAGCUUUUAGUCAGCCCCCUCCUUUCCUCACAGGAGAUCCCUCUGGUGAAGACCAACGUAGACAGGACUUAGCAACGGCUGCAAGAUCAUCACCAGACACAAUUAGGACCGAGAUUUAACCUCCUCACACACACCUGCAGCAGUCCAGUUCAUAUUUAUCUCAGCUUUUAGGAACAAAAAAACCCCACCGUGUAGCAAACAUGUCUGUAGCGGGGCUGAAGAAGCAAUUCCACAAAGCCACUCAGAAAGUGAGCGAGAAAGUUGGAGGUGCAGAAGGAACGAAGCUGGAUGAAGACUUCACUGAAAUGGAAAAGAAGAUGGACACCACCGCUCGGGCGGUGCUGGACAUCAUGACGAAGACUACCGAGUAUCUGCAGCCGAAUCCAGCCACCAGAGCCAAAAUGAGCAUGAUGAACUCCAUGUCACGUAUGCGGGGACAGGAGAAGGGACCGGGCUACACACAGACCGAGGCCAUCCUGGGAGAGUCCAUGCAGAGGUUCGGCAGGGAGCUCGGAGAGGAAUCUAACUUUGGCCUUGCUCUGAUUGACGCUGGGGAAGCCAUGCGUGAGCUUGGAGAGGUGAAGGAUGCUCUGGACAUGGAGGUCAAGCAGAACUUCAUUGAUCCACUGCAGAACCUCCACGAAAAAGAUCUGAAGGAGAUUCAGCAUCACCUGAAGAAAAUGGAGGGUCGUCGUCUGGACUUUGAUUAUAAGAAGAAACGUCAGGGCAAAGUGACAGAGGACGAGAUCAAACAAGCACUAGAGAAAUUCGACGACUCCAAGGAGAUCGCUGAGCAGAGCAUGUUCAACCUGUUGGAGAGUGAUAUUGAACAGGUGAGCCAGCUCGCUGCACUGGUCCAUGCUCAGGUGGAGUACCACAGCCGGGCUGCUGAGAUCCUCACACAGCUCUCCAGUAAGAUCGAUGAACGGAUAAGAGACACUUCUGUCAAACCAAGGAAAGAGUUCACUCCUAAACCACGUACGUCUCUGGACUUCUCCAUCAGUGAGAACCACAAUGGAGGCAUCCACAGUGCUCGCUCUCCAGGGGCGAGGUCUCCAGGAGCGAGGUCUCCAGCAAGAUCUCCAGCCAGGUCUCCAGCCCCUAUGGACCAGCCCUGCUGUCGUGCACUGUACGAUUUUGACCCAGAGAAUGAAGGUGAGCUAGGCUUCAAGGAAGGCGAUAUCAUCACCCUGACCAACAAGAUCGAUGACAACUGGUACGAGGGGAUGCUGCACGGCAACUCUGGCUUCUUCCCCAUCAACUAUGUGGACAUCCUGGUGCCACUGCCUCACUAGGACGUCGCCACUACGAGCUGUGUCUGCAACAGUGGGGAAACAAAACCUGGCCUCCAGUUCCUUCUUUUCAGUAUUCCCAGUAACCUUUUUCCUAAACAUUCCUACCAAACCACCUGUACCUGCACUCCGCUUUAAAAGGAGUCGAAACAGCAACAACACAAUAAAGAACAAAGAUCGAAAUUAAAACGAGUAUGCACCAUUUGAGCGUCAAAACUUGUUGAUGUUGUUGCUUCCCCUUAUCCUAGGAGGCACCUUCAGGCUUCCAUAGUCAUUUUAUCCACUUCUGUACCGGCUUUUGUCUCAGUUUACGUUGGCUGUCAGUCCGUCAUGAGUUUAUGAGAGCAGCUUUACAAAAAGAAAUCACACUUUUUCUCAUUCACUGUACUUUGUGAAAAACCUCAACAGUAGAUAGAAAAUUUUCUCUCACAUACUAGAAGAAAAAAAAAGAAAUCGGUCCACGUGCUUCAUGUUUGUUAGAGACUCUAGGUCAAGCAUGUUUUCAAGUGUUUCAAAUGUUUUAUCUUAUUGAAAAAAAAAAAUAUGUUGAACUGAUUUUGUUUUGUUUUUAAUGGUAGUCGUCUCUUGGCAUGAUCGGGCGGUUUCAGGAGAAACCAACACGUCAUGCUCAAAAAAUUCUGUCCAAAGGAAGUCUUCACCGUUUAACUAUUCCGACUUUGGACAGAAGUUAUAAACAUCUAGAUUAUACAAUCAAGAUUACCCAUGGUAUUUUGAUUUUUUUUUACAUAUCAACAUGUGCGCGUGAUUUAGAUACCAAAGUUACCUGCAAACAAAAAGAAGAAAAAUAAAAACCCUAAAUCAAUCCCAAAUUUAGCUUUGAGAUUUCAAGACAGCAUGGUGUCAGUAAAUCUGUAUCGAUGCAGCAGGGUGAAGCUUGCAAUCGUUCGCUCUUAUUUUACAUCGGGAGGUGGCAAAACUGUAUUCUAAGUAUGUGACAUUACAUAUCUGAGCCAGUGAUUAGUGGAGUGAUGACAUGAUUUGCGAAAAAAAAACACAAGUUGUGACGUUUAACCAGUUUGAAGUGACGUAAGAAAACUAUGGUGCAUAAGUUUUAAUCCUCCAACGUGUAUUUUAUCAGCAGCUUGUGUAAAAAAUAAUGUUUAAAAAAAAUGGUUGAUGUAUUGUGAUAUAAUAACUUAUAGGACUUAACUGCACACUUUCUGCAGCGAACCCUACUAGUCCGAUUAGUAUUCUGUAGUUUAGCUGUCUAUAAAGCCACUGAUUAAAAUGAUGACUAGACAUAACCAGGCGUGCACAAACGGCUGAACGAAUUGAGAAGUCAUUUCUUUUGUUUGUCUCAGUGGAAAUGUUUUUAUCAUUGAAAUGAUGCAAACCCUUUUCUUCAACAUAAUACGGACUAAAGGCUGCUGGUUUGAACCUUUUCAUGUCAUGUCAGAAAAAUAGGCUAUAAGAUUAUACAUGAUUUAUUUCCCUAACCAGCUCUAUGGUCGUAUGCAGUAUUGUGUGUGGGGGGUGUUGUCCCUUCUUAAACUGACGUACUGUUAUUACAAUACACGUUUUAGUCAGCUGAGCAGUUCCCUCUGGUUUUAUUCUCUGUAAUAUCGACGGUGUAUUCACCCUCCUGCAGAAUAACCUGUGCAGUGGUGAUACUAUUUUUUUUUUCUUUCACCCAUCUUAGUAAUGCUGUGCGUGUAUUUUGGGGGACGGGGUGCGUAUUUGGGUUUGCAUACUUUUGCUUGUUAUGCACAGGGGACGGGGUUGCAGAGGACCUCUGACGCUGAGGUAUUUACGAUAUACUGUCUCUGACAGUGUUCAACAUUGAAACAAACAUGGAUGUCUCUUUAAUCAAAGGACCAAUUCAUUAUAUUCAGUAGAACUACAAUAAACGAUGCAAAAUCAACGGAUAUCCCAUUUUAAGUGUUUGUUUUUGUUUUAAAGGGAAGCACAACUUUAACAGACAGUAUACUUUGUUGGCUGGGGAAGAAUAAUGAUACGGUUUGAAGGUUGUGUAUUUA